CAACGGUCGCACUAACGACAAUACCCAUAUUAGCCAACAUCCUAGUUAAAAAUCAAAAAUCAAAACAAAUAUCCCCAUUAGUUUGCAAAUGCAUCUUCUAAACCCAAAAUUUCGAUCUUAAUCUUCCAAUCAUGUCUUCCAUUUCUCUUAACCAUAAUUAUAAACUCUCUAAACCCACUUUAACUUCAACUUUCUUCCCCUCUUUUUCCCCUCGAUCAUCCAUUAAAUUAUUCAGUUUUAACACAAAAUGUAGAAUUCCUAAUCUCUGUGCUUCAUCUUCUUCAAAAUCACGAAUUUGCAGAAAUAAUAAUAGUAGCAAUUCAUCUGGUUGGAAUUCCUCGAAUUUUGUGAAGAUUUCGGGUAGUUUGGGUAAGUGGGUAUUCAAUUUUGCAGCAGGGGCAGUUGCUGUUACAUCAAUUUGCUUGGAUUUUGAUUCUCCAGCUUUAGCAGAGUCUCUCACUGUUGCUUUUCCCGUCUCUCGUUCUGUUGAGGUAAAUAGAGUACAAAGGACCUUAAUUGAGGCAUGGGGUUUGAUCAGAGAAACCUUCAUUGAUCCCACUUACAACCAUCAAGACUGGGAUUUGAAGCUGCAGCAAACAAUGGUGGAAAUGUUCCCUCUCAGGUCUGCUGAUGCAGCUUAUAACAAGAUCAGUGGGAUGGUCUCUAGCUUAGGAGAUCCAUUUACCAGAAUUAUCAGUCCUAAGGAGUACCAGAACUUCAGAAUAGGAAGUGACGGAAACUUGCAAGGUGUCGGGUUGUUCGUCAAUGUGGAACCAACUACUGGACAUCUGGUUGUUGUAUCUUGUGUGGAGGAUAGCCCAGCUUCACGUGCUGGUAUACACGAAGGGGAUGAGUUAGUUGAGAUAAAUGGGGAAAACCUUGAUGGAAUCAGUAGUGAGACAGCAGCCCAGAAGCUUCGAGGGCGGGCAGGAACAACUGUCAAAGUGAAAAUCCACAGUGGAAAUGAUAAUCCUUUCAAGUCUAAUCUCAGAGAGGUUGACCUACCUCGGGAGUACAUUAAGCUGUCACCAAUUUCCAGUGCUAUCAUUCCUCAUAACACCCCUGAUGGGCAUCUGUCAAGAACAGGUUAUUUGAAACUAUCAGUGUUCUCUCAGACGGCUGCUUCUGAUAUGGAAAAAGUGAUACAUAAACUAGAAGAUCAAGGUGUUCACUCGUACAUAUUGGACUUGAGGAACAACCCGGGUGGUUUAGUGAAAUCAGGGCUAGAUGUUGCUCAACUAUGGCUUGAUGGUGAGGAAACUCUAGUUUACACAACCGAUAGGGACAAACAUAUAUUUCCCAUAAAUAUGGUUGAUGGACAUGCUAUAACACAUGAUCCCCUUGUUAUCCUUGUCAAUGAGGGAAGUGCCAGCGCAAGUGAGAUUCUAGCUGGUGCGUUGCAUGAUAAUGGUCGUGCUAUCCUUGUAGGACGCAGAACUUUCGGGAAAGGGAAAAUCCAGAGUGUUACAGAGCUGCAUGAUGGAUCUGCCCUAUUUGUCACAGUGGCUAAGUAUUUGUCGCCAUUACGACACGAAAUAGACAAGAUAGGCAUAGCUCCUGAUGUUCAGUGUACCACGGAUGUGCUAAAUGCACCUAAGGCUUCUAUGGUUAAGGAUAAAAAUGCGAGACCUGCUCUCGAGGCAGAUUCUUGCAUAAUGGUAGCAGAACAUGAAUUAGACAUCCAGCAGCCAGAAGGAACUGCUUCCUAAAGGGUACUGUAAGUCAAUCCCAGGUCUUCAUUCAUUGUGUAGACAUGUAAAUAACUCCGCCCACACUAUUCGGUGGCUUCAUAUAGUUUCGCUUAUAAUCAUGAUUGUAAGCUAAUGUAAAGUCAGUGUAUAUGUAGUAUGUCUUCUUUUGUGGCUCGCUAGAUAGAAGUCUUCAGUAGAACCUUGAUGUACAGGGUGAGAUAUAAUAUUUCCAUAGUGUUUUCAGAAUCAUAAAUUUAGUUCUUAAAAAAAAUGACGGUACGUAAUAAGAAGGGUUCUUGGUGUAUUUUUGUACGCCAAAUUUUGUAA